GCGUGUCCCGGAAGUGCGGGGGCGCGCGGGGCCUGGGCGGAUCCGCGGCGUUGGCAGCGCAGCGCGGAGCGAGCGAGCCCGUGUGGAGCACGUGUGCCAGGAUGGCAGAGCAGGAGCCCACGGCAGAGCAGCUGGCCCAGAUUGCAGCGGAGAAUGAGGAGGACGAGCACUCUGUCAACUACAAGCCCCCUGCCCAGAAGAGCAUCCAGGAGAUCCAGGAGCUGGACAAGGACGACGAGAGCCUGCGCAAGUACAAGGAGGCCCUGCUGGGCGCCGUCACCGUCAGCGCAGAUCCCAACGCUCCAAAUGUGGUGGUGACCAAACUGACCUUGGUCUGUGCUACUGCUCCAGGCCCCCUGGAGCUGGACCUGACAGGUGAUCUGGAGAGCUACAAGAAGCAAUCAUUUGUGCUGAAGGAGGGCGUGGAAUACCGGAUAAAAAUCUCCUUUAGGGUAAACAGGGAGAUUGUGUCAGGAUUGAAGUACAUCCAGCACACGUUCCGGAAAGGGGUGAAAAUUGACAAGACCGAGUACAUGGUUGGGAGCUAUGGCCCCCGAGCAGAGGAGUACGAGUUUCUGACCCCCAUGGAAGAGGCCCCCAAGGGCAUGCUGGCCCGGGGCAGCUACAACAUCAAAUCCAAGUUCACAGAUGAUGAUAAGACUGACCACCUGUCCUGGGAGUGGAACCUGACCAUCAAGAAGGAUUGGAAGGACUAGUCCUUCCCGAGGCCAAACCCCAGAGAGCGUGAAUCAGACAGUGGCUACCGUAGAAUUCCCCCCCUGUACCAAAGUGCUGACAUUGGAACCCUCUUACCUGUCACCCCCUUUAUCAUUUGACCAGAGAGCUCAGUUUUUUAUGUGCCCCCUCCCCAGAGAAUUGCUGAGUGCAUUGACCAAACCAUGCUGUCUGCAUCUGGUCUCCAGCUGCCUGUCCUGGGGCUGUGCUGCCCCAGCACUGAGGGGAGUGCCCCCUCCCUUGCCAGGCCCUUUCUUGCUUCCCGCCUUCCUUUACCCAGGAGGUGCCAAAGGGGAGGAACCCCGUUAGGAUCCUGUGCUUGGCUUUCCUGCGCACAGCUCAGGGUAGCUACUGCCUCCAAGUAGCUGACGAAUUUUGGUGCCAGGCAGCUGUCAAAUCAGUUUAUUGGCUCCAGUGUUGUCUGCCUGCCCUUUCCGCCCUGUCAGUGUCCUGGGCAGCUUCAUUUGUGGAUGUUCCCUGUAACCAUGAUGCCUUAAAUGUGUAACAUGUAUCCUCUAGGGAGGGGGUCCUGCCUCUGUUACACUUUUUAAACGCCACCUGCCCUCCCCGUCUGUUGGCAUGGGCUCAGCUUCGUCACGCCCCUCAUGUGUUAUUAGGAAAGAUUCACAACUUCCCACUUCACUGCUGGUCCGUUCCUCACCCGAGACAGGACAUCUCCAGAGGGGAGAGGGAGUGACAUCCUGGGUGACACCUGCCCCCGAGCCCUGGCCUGGCUGGCCCCAGCCUGGCCUGCAGAGCCCCCCGAGCUCUCUGGGUGCCCUGUGGGGCAGGGCUCGCCGGGGCUGCCAUCACCUCGCACUUCUCACUGCAGCCCAGGAGCUGCAAAGCACUGAGAUUCCAGGACAGCACCUGCCCUCCUGGCUGCUUUGGGCUGAGGAUGGACGAGUCUGUCUCUGCAGCUGCUCCUGAUGCCAUCAGCAAAGAGCUUGCGAUGGACAAGUGUUCCGAAGCGGUUAAUGCCUUAUGUAUCUGUUCUGCCUUUAAAAUCUGUGCCUGGCCUGUAGUUACUGCCUUGACGCUGGGCCCCGUGCCUGCCUCCACCCUGGGCUGCACAGCUGCAGCUCCUGGGGCAAAGCAGCCCCAGGGCCCUGCGAGGCCUGGGGCUGGGCAGGUGUGUGCCACCUCUGCAGCCCUCCGAUCUGGAUCUACCACACCGAGGUUACAACUGGGACCAAGUACAUGUGGCUUCUCGUAGCUACGUCUUUGCCUCUAACUGCCCUCGCCCUGCCCCUAGAGAGAUUUUUUUUUGUUAAUUUGAUUUGGUGCGUAUUGUCUUUAAGUCCUAGACCCAGGUUAACAGGUUCGGAAUCAUCGUCUGCUUCUCCUUUUAUGACAGUUAAAUAAAAUCUUUGAACUGAC